AUGAGCGUUGGAUUCUUAGGCCUAGGCGUGAUGGGAACGCCCAUGGCUCUCAAUUUGUGUCGCAGAUUCCCCACUACUGUUUGGAAUAGAACGGCCUCUAAAUGCGGAGCGUUGGUACAAGCCGGAGCUGGGCUUGGCCAGACACCAGCCAAAGUGGUCGAACAAUCCGAUGUCAUCUUCACUAUGAUGUUUGAUGGCCCUGCCAUACGGUCGGUAAUCGAUGACGACUUCAGGAAGGCCCUUCGUGGAAAGACGCUUGUCAACACAAGUUCAGUUUCUGUGGAAUUCAGUCAGAGCCUGGCAAAAGAGGUCCAGGAAGCAGGCGGCAAGUUUAUCGAGAUGCCCGUCAGCGGGAGCAAAGUGCCGGCCGAAACAGGGAAUCUGGUGGGAAUGAUGGCUGGCGACCAGGCCGAGUGCGAGCGCAUCCGACCUUUUGUUGAGCCAAUUACCAGUGCUGCUGUUUAUUGCGGGCCUAUCGGGGCCGGCCUGAAGACAAAGUACGCGGUCAACAUUUUUCUCAUCACUGUUACCGCUGGGCUCGCGGAAUCGAUGAAUCUAGCCCGAGCGCAGGGUCUCAAUCUUGAAGCAUUUAGUAGUGUGCUGGAUGCUGGCCCCUUGGCCUCUGCUUAUUCGAAGAUAAAGCUAGCCAAAAUGGCCAAACAGGACUGGUCUGCCCAAGCGGCUGUGAAGGACUGCUAUAACAGCACCGAGCUCAUUCGGACAGCGGCGAAGGCCGCAGAAGCAAAGACUCCUCUUACCCAAGUAUGCAACUCUUUGUACAAGCAAGCGAUAGAUUCUGGACUGGAAGAUGAGGAUAUGAUUGCCGUUUAUAGGGUCUUGUCGGAGCAAUAA